AGGGCCUCCAGGCGGAUCUGCCAGUGAGGUGACAAGGAGAGUUUUUCCGGGUGCCAUGUUGCAGGUUCCCUGUAGCUGAGCAGGCUUGAGUGGUUGGUUGGUUCGGUGCUCUGAGCCCUGCUGCUGGGUGCUGUGAGGCGCGCUCCGAAGUUGCGACAUGUACCUGGAAGACAGUCCUGCAACUUCUUUCAGGCUGGGCCCUGGCUGGUCAGUGCAAAGGAGAAGACACCAGAGAGGAUAUCUGGAUGGUUUACAGUUUCUGACUAUAAUGAAUAGUUACUAUGAACAUAGUACUCAAAAUGCAAUGACCUAUGCUGAUGUGCAUGUGAAUUUCACUUGGGAAGAGUGGGCUUUGCUGAAUCCUUCCCAGAAGAGUCUCUACAAAGAGGUGAUGCUGGAGACCUACGAGAACCUCACUGCUAUAGGCUACAAUUGGGAAGACCAUUAUAUUGAAGAACAAUUUCAAAGUUCUAGAAGAGAUGGAAGGCAUAAAAGAGGUCACACUGGAGAGAAACCCUAUGAAUGUAAUCAUUGUGGUACAGCCUUUGCAAGGCAUGGUCAUCUGCAAAGGCAUAAAGGAACGCAUACUGGAGAGAAACUUUAUGAAUGUAAUCGAUGUGGUAAAGUCUUUGCAUGGAACUGUCAUCUCCGAAUCCAUAAAAGAACACAUAGUGGAGAGAAACCUUACGAAUGUGAUCAAUGCGGUACAGCCUUUGCAAGUCAUUGUCGUCUUCAAAGGCAUAAAAGAACACACACUGGAGAGAAACCUUAUGAAUGUAAUCAAUGUGGUAAAGCCUUUACACAACACAGUACUCUACAAGUUCAUAAAAGAACACAUACUGGAGAGAAACCCUAUGAAUGUAGCCAAUGUGGUAAAGCCUAUUCACGUCACAGUCAUCUCCAAAGACAUAAAAGAACACAUACUGGAGAGAAACCUUAUGUAUGUAAUCAAUGUGGUAAAGCCUUUGCUUAUCAAAAUAGUCUCCAGUAUCAUAAAAGAACACAUACUGGAGAGAAAUCUUAUGAAUGUAAGCAAUGUGGUAAAUUCUUUCCAUGCCGUAAGCAUCUUCAAAUACAUAAAAGAACACAUGCUGGACAGAAAGGCUAUGAAUGUAACAAAUGUGGUAAAGCCUUUGCUUUUCAUAGUCAUUUCCAAAGACAUAAAAGACAUAUUGGAGAGAAACCUUAUGAAUGUAAUCACUGUGAUAAAGCCUUUGCAAGUCACAAUAAUCUUCAAAAACAUAUAAGAAGGCAUACUGGAGAAAAACCUUAUAAAUGUAAUCUGUGUGACAAAGCCUAUGCACAUCACAGUCAUCUCCAAACACAUGAAAGAGUGCAUACUGAAGAGAAACCCUACAAAUGUAAUCAAUGUGAUAAAGCCUUUUCACAACAAAGUUCUCUACAAGUGCAUAAAAGAAUACAUACUGGAGAGAAACCCUAUGAAUGUAACCAAUGUGGUAAAGCCUUUACAUGUCACAGAUAUCUCCAAAGACAUAAAAGAACACAUACUGGAGAGAAACCCUAUGAAUGUAACCAAUUUGGUAAAAUAUUUGCACAACAUAGUACUGUCCACAGCAUAAAAAAAGGAAAUAUUUGAGAGAAACUCUAUGAAUAUAAUGUGUGGUAAAACCUUUGCAGAUCAAAGUCAUUUUCAAAGGCAUGAAAGAAUUCAUACUGGAGAGAAACCUCAUGAAUGUAUUUAAUAUGGUGACACCUUUGCAUAUUUCUAUAGUCUUCAUCGUCAUGAAAGUAUUCCUACUGGAGAGAAAUUCUAUGAAUGUAAGCAGUGUGGUAAAGCCUUUGUGUUAUGGAUUCAUUUAGAUCCAACACAAGUCAAACACCAGAUCAAUGCAAAUGACAAAAAUUAAUUGUAAUAAAGCUGCUACUGAUUAAGCAGGACAUAUUAUAAUACAGAACAUAUUCUGGAGGUGAAAUGCAACCCAUGUUAUGGAGCUUUUAAGCUUGGAAAGCACAAAUAUCUGUGCCAAGUUACAGCUACAUUUUUUUCUAUCCAUCAGCAUUUAGGGAUAAUAGCUUUUUGUUUUUGUUUUUGUUUUUGUUUUGUUUUUCGAGACAGGGUUUCUCUGUAUAGCCCUGGCUGUCCUGGAACUCACUUUGUAGACCAGGCUGUCCUCGAUCUCAGAAAUCCGCCUGCCUCUGCCUCCCGAGUGCUGGGACUAAAGGUGUGCGCCACCACACCUGGCUGAUAAUAGCUUUUCUUAUGUGAUUCAUCUAUGACAGUAAAUACAAAAAUGCAUGUUUUACAAUCUAAUCAAUCAUACCCAUUUGUUCUUUUGUAAUUAGGAACAGUCAUUAUGUUUGGGGGAACCAAAGAUGGUAACAGAUGCUGUAGUUAGGAACAGUCAUGUUUUAGGGAAUAGAAGCCAUGGUUAGGUUGAUAUGCUGUGGAUGUGUAUACAUUAUUUGAUGUUCAUUGCUUCUUUAUGUUCAUAUCAGUUACCAUUUGAAAGUUCCCCUUAAAGUACUGUCUUCUAAGGGAAUCAUCCCAAGAUGGUAAUGUAGCAGCAAAGAUAAUAUAACAGCAAUGAGAUUUAUUAAUUUUUUCUGUUGUUUGUGUGUAAUGCGAUUAUUGGCUCAGGUUGCCAACUUUGCAUACCACAGAAAUUUUCCACUGAGCCGACUCACUGAGGUUCAAAUAAGAUUAAUUGAAACAUUUCAUCUCUAAAAUAUUGUCUUCUUUUCAAAUUGUAAACAUAUUGUCAUCUAAGGAUCGAGGAAAACAGGAUGCUUUUAGUAAUAAAUUCUAUUUGCAAAAGAAAAUGAUA